AUGAAGACUGGUAAAAGAAAAGAUGUAAAGCCUCCAGCAGCCUUAAAGGAGAAAGACUCUUCAAAACGAAAAGAAAUUAAGGCUUCAACUAAUCCUAAGGAAAAAGCUGCAGUGAAAAAGGAGGGGGAGAAGAAAGCUACCUCAGAGAACCCUCAUGAACACAAGCAUGAACGUGUUAAACGUGAAAAAGCUGUCUCUCAGACUAAGCCAGAGGAGAAAAUGAAACAACAAAAGGCAACUCCCACUGAGAAGUCAGCUCAGGCAAAGUCAGCAAAGCAUGAAACAGUCAGACAUGAAAAAGAUGUUCCCCUUACAAAACCAGUCAAACCGAAAAACACUGCAAAGCCAACAGCUGAAAUCCCGACAUCAGCCACAAAAAAACCAAAGACAACUAAGGAAAAAGAAGAAAAAACAACUGAGAAGAAACAGCUGAAAGAUGAAAAAACUAAAGUAAAAGAAGAUCCACGACAUCAAAACGUGACAUCAGGAAAAGACCGAGUCCAAAACCGUUUAAGGAACCUGGAGGUGCACAAGUCCAUGGGACCUGCCAAGAUACAACCAUGGGUACUGAAAGAACUGGCUGAGGAAGUGGCUAUGCCACUACCCAGUAUAUUUGAGAAGUCAUGGCAAUCUGGUCGAGUUCCCACUGAUUGGAAAAGGGGAAACAUAAUACCCAUUUUUAAAAAGGCAGAUAAGGAAGAACUAGGGAAUGACAGGUCAGUCAGUCUCCCCUCAGAGUCUGGCAAGAUCAUGGAGCAGCUCCUCCUGGAAAGUCUGCUAAGGCACACAGAAAACAUUGGUAGCAGCCAACACGGCAUCACUAAAGCCAAAUCAUGCCUGACAAAUUUCUUGGCUGUCUACCAUAGUGUUACAGCAGUGGUGGAUGAGGGAAGAGCAACAGGGAUCAUCUCCCUGGACUUGAACAAAGACACUGUCCCUCGUGACAUCUAUGUCUCUAAAAUGGAGAGACGUGGGUCUGACGGGUGGGCCACUGGCUGGAUAAAGAAUUGGCUGGAUGAUCAUGCCCAGAGUGUUGAAGUCAGUGGUGCAAUGUCCAAAUGGAAAGCGGUGCCAAGUGGUGUUCCCCAGGGAACGGUAUUGGGACUGGUGCUUUUUAACAUCCUCAUUGGUGACAUGGACAGUGGGUUUCAGUGCACCCUCAGUGAGUUCACCGAUGACACCCAGGUGUGUGAUGCAGUCAACAUGCUGGAGGGAAGGAAUAACACCCAGAGGGACCUUGUCAGGUUUGAGAGGUGGGCCCAGGUCAUCCUGAUGAAGUUCAACAAUGCCAAGUGCGAGGUCCUGCACCUGGUUUGGCGCAGUCCCAAAAACAAUUUUAGGCUGGGCAGAGAAUGGAAAGAGACUAGCCCUGGGGAGAAGGACUUAGGGCUGCUGGUAGAUGAAAAGCUGGACAUGACUCAGCAGUGCGUGCUGGCAGUGAAGAAAGACAUCUGUAUCCUGGGCUGCAUCAAAAGCAGCGUGGUCAGCACAUCAAAGGAAAUGAUUGUGUCCCUCUACUCCGCCCUGGUGAGACCCCACCUGGACUACUGUGUUCAGGACUGGGAACCCCAGCACAAGAAAGAUGUUGAAAUGUUGGAGCAAGUCCAGAAGGGAGUUAUUAAGUUGGCCCCAGGGCUGGGGCACAUCUCCUAUGAAAAUAGGUUGAGAGAGAUGGGGCAGUUCAGCCUGGAGAACAGAAGGCUUCGGGGGUACUUAAUAACAGCCUUCCAGUAUGUAAAGGAGGCCUGCAAGAGAGCUAAAGAUGGACUUCUCACAACAGCAUGUGGUGACAGGACAAGAGAGAAUGGCUUUAAGCUGAAGGAGGUUGGAUUUAGUUUAGAUAUUAGAGAGAAAGUUUUUACUGUGAGGGUGGUGAGGCUCUGGAACAGGUUGCCCAGAGAGGUUGUGGACUCUCCAUCCCUGGAGGUUGGAAGAUGUCCCUAG